CCUUUUGUUUUUCUAUUUUUUAAAGUCUUCGCCAAACAAUAACCAGACUUAAACAUUCUCUCUCUCUCUAGAUCUCUCACCUCCGAGAGAUCGCCGACCAUUUCUUCGCCGGAAUUUCAUCAUCGGCGGUUCAGUAAACUCUUCGCAUAGAUCUCAUACGCUGUCGUUUUGAUCUCUCUCGCCACAUCCAUGGCGGCCGCUAACGCUCCGAUUACUAUGAAAGAGGCACUCACGUUGCCCAGCGUAGGGAUUAAUUCGCAGUUUAUUACGUUUACCAAUGUGACAAUGGAGUCAGAUAAGUUCAUAUGUGUGCGUGAAACAUCACCUCAGAAUAGUGUGGUGAUUAUUGAUAUGAGCAUGCCUAUGCAGCCGUUGAGGAGGCCGAUUACUGCUGACUCGGCUCUCAUGAAUCCCAUUUCCAAGAUACUGGCUUUAAAAGCUCAACUGCCGGGAACUACUCAAGAUCACUUGCAGAUAUUUAAUAUUGAGAUGAAAGCAAAAAUGAAGUCUCAUCAGAUGCCUGAGCAGGUUGUUUUCUGGAAAUGGAUUACCCCCAAGUUGUUGGGCAUGGUAACCCAGACGUCUGUUUAUCACUGGUCAAUUGAAGGUGAUUCUGAACCCACAAAGAUGUUUGAUAGAACAGCCAAUUUAGCAAACAAUCAGAUAAUUAACUACAGAUGUGAUCCAUCUGAGAAAUGGUUGGUGUUGAUCGGAAUUACCCCAGGCUCACCAGAGAGACCCCAACUAGUGAAAGGAAACAUGCAACUUUUUUCUGUCGAUCAACAGCGCAGUCAAGCUCUUGAAGCACACGCAGCGUCAUUUGCUUCAUUCAAAGUCCCUGGAAAUGAGAAUCCUUCGAUUUUAAUUUCUUUUGCAACAAAAAGCUCCAACGCUGGACAGGUUACAUCAAAGCUUCAUGUCAUCGAGCUUGGUGCCCAGCCAGGCAAACCUUCGUUUACUAAGAAACAAGCGGACCUUUUCUUUCCUCCUGAUUUUGCAGAUGAUUUUCCAGUUGCCAUGCAGAUAUCCCACAAAUAUAGCCUGAUUUAUGUAAUUACCAAGUUGGGCCUUCUAUUUGUGUAUGACCUUGAAACAGCUACUGCAGUGUAUAGGAAUAGGAUCAGCCCAGAUCCAAUAUUUCUUACAUCUGAAGCAUCAUCAGUAGGGGGCUUCUAUGCUGUCAAUAGACGUGGUCAGGUGCUACUUGCCACUGUAAAUGAGUCAACGAUCGUGCCUUUUGUUAGCGGACAAUUGAACAACCUGGAGCUUGCUGUCAAUCUUGCUAAAAGAGGAAACCUUCCUGGUGCAGAGAAUCUGGUUGUUCAACGAUUUCAAGAGUUGUUUGCUCAAACCAAGUACAAAGAAGCUGCUGAGCUUGCUGCAGAGUCUCCGCAAGGAAUUCUCCGUACACCAGACACAGUUGCAAAGUUUCAGAGUGUACCUGUACAAGCGGGUCAAACACCACCAUUGUUGCAGUAUUUUGGGACCCUCUUAACUAAAGGGAAGCUAAAUGCAUUUGAAUCAUUGGAGCUAUCUCGUCUUGUUGUCAAUCAGAACAAGAAGAAUUUGUUGGAGAAUUGGCUGGCGGAGGACAAGCUUGAAUGCAGUGAGGAGCUUGGAGAUCUUGUGAAGACCGUGGACAAUGAUCUUGCUCUAAAAAUUUAUAUUAAAGCAAGAGCGACACCGAAAGUUGUUGCAGCUUUCGCCGAACGAAGGGAGUUUGACAAAAUUUUGAUUUACUCCAAGCAGGUUGGUGUAGUUUUUCUUAGCAGUAGCUGUAGAUAUUCAAGGAGACAUCUGAUUAUUAAUUUCCCUGCACUGUUUAAUUCUUUAAUCACUCGUAAUAUUGUACAGGUUGGGUAUACACCUGAUUAUUUGUUUCUUUUGCAAACAAUUCUUCGAUCAGAUCCUCAGGGUGCUGUUAAUUUUGCCUUGAUGAUGUCCCAAAUGGAGGGAGGCUGUCCAGUUGAUUACAACACAAUAACAGAUCUUUUCCUCCAGAGGAACUUGAUACGGGAGGCAACAGCUUUCCUCUUGGAUGUCCUUAAGCCCAAUUUGCCGGAACAUGCUCACCUGCAAACCAAGGUUCUUGAAAUCAAUCUUGUGACAUUCCCUAACGUUGCCGAUGCCAUAUUGGCUAAUGGCAUGUUCAGCCACUAUGAUCGUCCUCGUAUCGCUCAACUUUGUGAGAAAGCAGGUCUUUUUGUUCGAGCCCUUCAGCAUUACAGUGAAUUGCCAGAUAUCAAACGUGUCAUUGUGAACACUCAUGCAAUCGAGCCACAGUCUCUCGUUGAGUUUUUCGGGACACUGUCAAAGGAAUGGGCCUUAGAGUGCAUGAAGGAUCUUUUGCUGGUUAACCUAAGGGGAAACCUUCAGAUAAUUGUGCAGGUUGCCAAAGAAUACUGUGAGCAGCUGGGUGUUGAAGCAUGUAUCAAACUCUUUGAGCAAUUCAAAUCAUACGAAGGCUUAUACUUUUUUCUGGGGUCGUAUUUGAGUUCCAGUGAGGAUCCUGAUAUCCACUUUAAGUACAUUGAGGCUGCUGCGAAGACAGGACAAAUCAAAGAGGUUGAGCGUGUCACAAGAGAAUCAAACUUUUAUGAUGCUGAGAAGGCUAAAAACUUUUUAAUGGAAGCCAAGCUUCCUGAUGCAAGACCAUUGAUCAAUGUUUGUGACCGUUUUGGCUUUGUCCCAGAUCUCACCCACUAUCUAUAUACCAACAACAUGCUCCGCUACAUUGAAGGCUAUGUUCAGAAGGUAAAUCCUGGGAAUGCUCCUUUAGUCGUAGGACAGCUUCUGGAUGAUGAGUGCCCCGAGGAUUUCAUCAAAGGCUUGAUCUUAUCUGUCCGCUCUCUGCUUCCAGUUGAGCCUCUUGUGGAUGAGUGUGAAAAGAGGAAUCGACUUCGGUUACUUACUCAGUUUUUGGAGCAUCUUGUGAGUGAAGGAAGCCAAGAUGUUCAUGUUCACAAUGCUUUGGGUAAAAUUAUCAUAGAUAGCAACAACAAUCCAGAGCACUUCCUCACCACCAACCCCUAUUAUGAUUCACGAGUUGUGGGUUUAUACUGUGAGAAGCGUGAUCCUACACUUGCUGUCGUCGCAUACCGUAGAGGGCAAUGUGACGAAGAACUCGUCAAUGUAACAAACAAAAAUUCUUUGUUCAAGUUGCAAGCCAGAUAUGUUGUGGAGAGGAUGGAUUCUGAUCUCUGGGACAAGGUUCUUAACCCCGAGAAUGAGUACCGAAGGCAACUUAUUGAUCAAGUUGUCUCUACUGCUUUGCCAGAAAGCAAAAGCCCUGAACAGGUUUCGGCUGCUGUUAAGGCUUUUAUGACUGCUGAUCUUCCACAUGAGCUAAUAGAGCUUCUUGAGAAAAUUGUCCUUCAAAACUCUGCUUUCAGUGGAAACUUCAACCUCCAAAAUCUGCUUAUUUUAACAGCCAUCAAAGCUGAUCCAUCGCGAGUAAUGGACUACAUUAAUAGAUUAGAUAACUUUGAUGGACCUGCUGUUGGCGAGGUGGCUGUAGAAGCACAACUAUAUGAAGAAGCAUUUGCAAUAUUUAAAAAAUUCAACUUAAAUGUGCAAGCAGUUAAUGUUCUAUUGGAUAAUAUUCGAAGUAUUCCACGUGCCGAGGAGUUUGCUUUCCGUGUUGAAGAAGAUGCCGUGUGGAGCCAGGUGGCCAAAGCCCAGCUCAGGGAAGGGUUAGUCAGCGAGGCAAUAGAGUCGUUCAUUCGGGCUGAUGAUGCUACCCAGUUCUUGGAUGUUAUUCGCGCAUCUGAGGAAAAUGAUUGCUACCAUGAUUUGGUGAAAUACUUGCUGAUGGUUAGACAGAAGACCAAGGAGCCCAAGGUGGAUAGUGAGCUCAUCUACGCAUAUGCAAAGAUUGAUAGAUUGAGCGACAUUGAGGAAUUCAUCCUCAUGCCUAAUGUUGCCAACCUCCAUAAUGUUGGUGAUCGCUUGUUUGAUGAAGCUUUGUAUGAAGCUGCUAAGAUAAUUUAUGCUUUCAUCUCCAACUGGGCUAAGCUUGCCGUCACACUCGUAAGGCUGCAACAAUUUCAAGGGGCAGUUGAUGCCGCUCGUAAAGCAAAUAGUGCAAAGACAUGGAAAGAAGUUUGUUUUGCCUGCGUUGAUGCCGAGGAGUUCCGUUUGGCUCAAAUUUGCGGUUUGAAUAUUAUUGUACAGGUGGAUGAUCUGGAAGAGGUGAGUGAAUACUACCAAAACAGAGGAUGCUUCAAUGAGCUAAUAUCUCUGAUGGAGAGUGGUCUAGGUUUGGAACGUGCUCAUAUGGGCAUCUUCACAGAGUUGGGUGUUCUUUACGCUAGAUACCGUCAUGAGAAGUUGAUGGAACAUAUUAAACUCUUCUCAACACGUCUUAAUAUCCCAAAACUAAUUCGUGCAUGUGAUGAACAACAACACUGGAAAGAACUCACUUAUUUGUACAUCCAAUAUGACGAGUUUGACAAUGCUGCAAGUACUGUCAUGAAUCACUCUCCAGAAGCUUGGGAUCACAUGCAGUUCAAGGAUAUUGUAGUCAAAGUGGCGAAUGUUGAGCUGUAUUACAAGGCUGUUCACUUCUACUUAGAUGAGCAUCCCGACCUAAUCAAUGAUGUUCUCAAUGUUCUUGCUCUACGUGUUGACCAUACACGUGUUGUUGAUAUUAUGCGCAAGGCAGGACAGAUUCAUCUUGUUAAACCAUACAUGGUUGCAGUCCAGAGCAAUAAUGUAUCUGCUGUAAAUGAGGCAUUAAACGAAAUAUAUGUUGAGGAGGAAGAUUAUGAUAGAUUGCGUGAAUCUAUUGAUUUACAUGAUAACUUCGACCAGAUCGGCCUGGCACAGAAGAUUGAGAAACAUGAGCUGCUUGAGAUGAGGCGUGUUGCAGCUUAUAUCUAUAAGAAAGCUGGCAGAUGGAAACAAUCCAUUGCAUUGUCCAAGAAAGACAAGGUGUACAAAGAUGCCAUGGAGACUGCCUCUCAAUCUGGGGAUCGUGAGCUUGCAGAAGAGUUGCUUGUCUACUUCAUUGAGCAGGGAAAGAAAGAAUGCUUUGCUUCAUGCCUCUUUGUUUGUUAUGAUCUAAUUCGCCCAGAUGUUGCUCUUGAGCUGGCCUGGUUGAACAACAUGAUAGAUUUUGCCUUUCCAUAUCUACUCCAGUUUAUUCGUGAAUACACCGGCAAGGUUGAUGAACUUAUCAAAGAUAAGAUAGAAGCAGUGAAGGAAACCAAGGCCAAGGAGAAUGAAGAGCAGGAUAUUCUCAAGCAACAGAAUAUGUAUGCUCAAUUACUGCCACUUGCUCUACCUGCACCACCAGGUAUGGGUGGCGGUUAUGGUCAACCAGGACCACCACCGCCAAUGGGUGGAAUGGGAAUGCCACCAAUGCCACCAUAUGGAAUGCCGCCAAUGGGAUCUUACUGAUAGCUUGUGUGGCGAAGAGGAAAAAUUGACAUGGGUUCCACUUGGUGCUUUUCUUGGGGAGACUUUCUUCUGGUCAAAGGAAUAAUGAGAUUGAUGUGUUUUUUCUUAUUCUAGUGUGUGGAUAAAUUUUUCCUGUAAUAUUCUUUGGGUAGCCAUAGCUGAGGCAUUUUUUUGCAGCUGGUAGGGCAGCAUGAUGAGUAUAAUUAUGUAUUAUGUACCAAAACAAUGGGUUCCAUAGGAUGUAUAUGCUACCUUUUGUAUGCUUUCGACUUCUGCAUGCAUUUUUCUCCAGCAAGACUUCAAUAGCAUUUAUUUUCUUUUUUUGA